CUCACGCGCGAGUAUCACGCCAAAGUAUCAUUCAACAUGAGGGCCCUGAUCUGCCUGGUGCUGAUCUCUGCGGCGUUCGCCGCUGAAGAGAAGACGGUCAAGAAGCGUGGCCUGAUCGGCCUAGGUGACUACGGACUUGGUGGUAGUCUUGGUGGUUAUGGUGGUCUUGGUGGAUAUGGUAGCCUUGGUGGUCUUAGUGGCCUUAGUGGAUUGGAUGGUGGAUAUGGUGGCCACAGUGUUGCCAUUGCCGUCAAAGAGAAGGCCGUCGCUGUUCCCUACGCGGUUCCGCAGCCAUUUGCGGUUCCCGUCGAUCGCCCGUACCCCGUUAAGGUUCCGGUUGCCGUCCCGCACCCAGUUCCAGUAGCCGUUCCCGUGCCACAGCCCUACCCCGUGGUCCAGACCAAGACGAUCACGGUUCCCGUAGAGAAGCCUUACCCAGUCACGGUCCCCGUUAAGGUGCCAGUGCCCGUGCCUGCCCCAUACCCCGUCAAGGUUGCUGUCUCCCACCCAGUUCCAGUUCCAGUCGCGGUCCCUCACGCAGUUCCAGUUGCGGUUCCGCAUCCGGUCGUCGUCAAAGAAACGGUUCCCGUUCUCGUUAAGGGCUACGGCCACUACUAGAUGAAAUUCUCCUCAAAAAAGUCACAUACACCCCGCUCCAUCUUAACCCUUUUCCCAGCAUCGCAAAAUCCAUCACGACGAGCGUCCGUUCAAGAGACGCUUCUCUCGUCGUGUAGUAUUUUAAAUUCACGGAAUAAAUCGAUUUUGUAAAUGUUUUCGUA